CAGCCCAAAUGGACUAAGACAGUAUCUUUGUGUUUUUGAGGAAGCUAUAUAUAUAUAUUUUUAAUGCUCUAUAAAGUCCAGCAAAAACAGGGUGGCAACUACAUUUGGAAGCGAGUCACCACACUUCCAGUACUCUUCCUGCAAGCAUUAUAUAUGAGGCCACUUGAUUUGGGGUGGGUAGCAGGCAGGAGUAAUUCUUGAACCAAUCAAGGUUAACCCUGUCUUGGCUAGACAAGGCAGCCGUGGCUUUAUUACAGUUAGUUGAGUUCAGGUGUGAUAUUAACAUUUUGUAAAUGCUGAAUGUUGUGAAAUAUCCACAAGGUUACCAAGUAAUCAGGUAUCAUCUGAAAAGCGUUCAGGCAUCCUCCCACAAUUCAGUUUGGGAGCACUGGAUUUGGAGACAGGUAUGUCCUCAGGCAUUUGCAUGUGAUCUUGGCCAGACCUCUUAACUUCUUAGAUGUCUUUUUUUUAAAAAGCUGCAGUAACAAUCUUAAGCGUACAGCUAAUGCAUUUUUACAUAGGCACAAGCCCGUGCACCCAACACUCACAUCAAGAUACAGAAUAUUUCCAUCCGGCCAGAAGGCUCCCUUGUACCCCACCCCUCAACAUCCCCAGAGGUAACUAGUGAUAGGAUUUCUAUUUAUAUAGAUGAGUUUUGCCUGUUUUUGAACCUUACCUUGUGACUCAGGACAGACAGCAUGUAUUCUCUGUGCUUGGCUUAGUUAGCCAUGGUGCCCAUUCAUGCUGGUGAGAUUCAGCCAUGUUGUGUGUAUCAAUAGUGUGUUCUUUUUCAGUGUUGUAUACUAUUCCAUGGUGUGAGCACACCAGAGCUUGUCUCUCCAUUCUCCUGCUGAUGGACCUUUGGGUCGUUUCCAGAGUUUACCUAUUGUGAAUAAAGUUACUAUGACCAUGAUCUAUUGUGCAUGUUUCUAGGUGAAUGCAUACCCAGGAGUGGCUGCUGAGUGACAGGGCUGGCAUGUUUAAGCUUUUCGUAAGAACAGCCAACCUUUUCCCAAAGCUUUAAGUCUCUCUUUAAAACAGAAAAAAACAAACUUCUACCUCAUUAUUGUGAGAGCGUUUAAAGGGCCCUAAGAUAGGGACUUGAAGCCUGUACGUGGAACACAGAGCCCCUCAAUAAUUGCCAGCUUCUGCCCCAGCAAGCAUCCUGUGCCCCAUCAGAGGAAGGAUGAGGUGGCUGGCAAGCACUGCGGAAGUUACCCGCCCCAGACCUUUGGGCGGAGAGGCCUUUCCCACACAGCACUCAAGGCCCACACUAAGGGAGCCGGGUGAGCCAGCCUUGGUACGUAUGCCCUGCAUCCGGAUCCUGGUUUCUCAGGCCCAGCACGCGCGUUGCGUGGCUGGGCACUCGCGCCUUUGUAAACUUUGCGGAUCACCGAACGUUCGUUGAGCAUUGUGUGCCAGGCCCUGGGCGCCCAAGAGCGAACCACAGAAAGCCUCUCCCUCCUCAAAUCACUGGGCAGGAGAAGGGAUUGCUUUGUGUAGAAAGCAUGGGAACUCAACAGGGCGCAGUCUCGGAAGUCGGGCAACCACUUGGUUUUUAACUAGACACUGGACUUCCCCUGAAAGCUGCUUGAGACGAACAGGGGAAGAAAAUAAUUUGCUCCUUUGCGCCUCUGCAGGAACCUAGGUCCGUCCGGAGUGCUGGUCCAGAGCGUCCGGGCCUCUAAAGCUAGGCCAAGUGCCUCCCCCAGGUUCCCAGCUGUCUACUCGGGCCACGAAGCCCGGCCCCUGCCGUCCGACCAAUGGCCCCGCCCCUCCUUCCUGGCCGGGGAGGGUUCCGGCGGUAGGUGGCUGUCGGCGGCGGUCGGCAGGGCGCCGGAUCGUGGCUACCAGAGUCAUUUUUCCGCUGUCUCAGUCCAUCCAUGGGCCAGAGCCCUCUAUCACUCAGAACCUGAACAGUGAUGACGUUUGCCGAGGACAAGACUUUCGACUAUAUCCGCCAUAAUUACCGAAAAUUUUACCGUAUUCGUGUAAUAGAGAUUCUGCCUCAACUGUCUUGCCUCACACCAAGUGACCAGGACCUACUGCGAGCCAGCUUGGAACGCAAGGGGAACCAGAACACCAUCUGGGACCUCUUCGACAGCCUUCACCGCCGGUGUGGCUGGGUGGAAUCCCUCAUCCGGGCACUGAGGUAUUGUGAGCUGGUUGAUCUUGCUGACGAAGUGGCCCACGUCUACCAGAGCAACCUGCCCUCGAACCAGAAUCACCCCGCUGCCCCGCUGGAGCUGCCAUCAGUUCCUGCUGAGGCUCCAGGGCGCUCCACACCUGCUGUGGCCCCCAGUGCCCUCAACAACAGCUACAGAGACGAGGAGCCAAGUUAUCCCAUGCCUGUCCAAGACACCCAGUCACCAGAGUCCUCGGGAGAGAGCUCAAUGAAGACCCCACAGACAUCCAGCUCUGGGGCUAUACUGAGUAGGCCCAGUGGCCCUCUGGAGCCCUCCUCUGACAUGGCAGUCCGCAGUCCUCUGCCCUCCAGUGUGCCUCAGGAGCAGGACACAGAACUGGGCAGUGCCCACACAGCAGGCAUGGUCCCUAGCAUCACAUCACCCCAUGGGCCUGUGUCUCCGACUGUCUCCUUCCAACCCCUGGCCCGUUCCACCCCCAGGGCAAGCUGCUUGCCUGGACCCCCAGUGUCAGCUGUGUCUACGGGCACCACCUCCUCCUCCACUGGCUUGCCCUCUGAACAGGGUGCUGGUGACCAGGCUGAGGCUAUCAUCUGCACCAGUGGGGCAGGUGUGCCCAACAAUUCUAUGACCACCAGCACAGCGCCCUCCAAGGUGCCCCCCCACUCAGCAUUUACCAACACAGUGCCUUCCAAGUUGCCCACCAGCUCAAAGCCCUCUGGUAUAAUGCCCACCAAUGUGUGGGGCUGCCCAACCUGGCUUGUCCCCCUACCACACCCAGUCCCUUCCAUUCUCUUCUUUCUUUAUCAGGACACUCCAGUGUCUCCAGCUCCCACAGUUGCCACCACUGGAGGCAGCUCACCCCGUGCAGACAGUAGCUUUGACAGCUUGAGCUCAGGGCUAGAGCUGAGCAAGCCAGGCAGGCUGGUAUCCCGGAUGGACAGCCAGCCAUUUUCUGGCUGCUCCGCGGACCUUGCCAUCAGCUACAGUGACAACUUGGACGCAGGACCUCACAAUGCUCCGGAGGAGAAUGAAUAUGUGUCAGUGAGGAUCCACGUGGAGGAGGCUCCCAGCAUAGACAACCUGUCCGGCAACCCUGGGCCACAUGCCACCCAGCAGACCCGGGGGGAGGAGGAGUCCCCCUGCGUCGGGUGGGCCCCCUUGGCUCCGUGGCUUGGGGUGGCUGCUGCUGGGGCACUCCUGGCCACGCUCCUGGCCGUGCUGAACCGGCGGCGCCUCCUCUAGUAAACUCCCUAGGCCCUCCCUGCCAUGUGUCUGCUCCCUUUCCCGGGGUACAUCCAGUCUGAGCCAUGGAGCCAGUCCCACCUGCCUUGUCCCUUUAGUGGGGCUGGUGGAGGCUGGGUCAGAGAGGAGCCAGGGGCCACAGGCCUGGCUGGAGGCGGUAUUUCUGUCCCAGCUCAUGCACGCUGCAGCUCCCUCGCCAUCCUUGGCUUUUUGGGCCCUGGGCUGCCCCAUGUGCUCUGACCUCGCCCAGCUGGCAAUUUGGGUACUCACCCUUGUCCGCUGGAGGAGGUGCCUCUGUCCAGGCCUUAUCCCUCCUUGCCCAGGCCACACACCAGGAGUUGCCACUGGAGGGUGCAGGGGGUUGGCAAUGUCCCCCAUCCUGCCCUGGUCCCUGGCAGCUGACAGCAGAUGUCUGAGGUCUUGCUCCUGACACCCAGUGGCCCAGCCUGAGGCCGUUGCCCUGGAGAGCACUAGAGCUGCUUCUGGUCCCCUGCCCCUUGGGUCCUCCAUCCAUGCUAGGCAAGGGUGGGGAGGAGGUCCAGAGGCCUGAGGACACCCUCUGGAGCCCCUUUCCAGCCUCCUCACCCCCUUCUCCUCUUUCCCUCCCUCUUGGUCCCCAUCCUUAUGAGGGUUGGGAAGGGGACGUAUGGGGCAGAGCUCAGGACAAAGUUUGGAUUUCAGCUCCACCCCUUCCGGGGCUGUGUGGCCUGGGCUCAUGAUUAGCCUUCUUCAGUCUUGCUUCCCAAAAUGGACUACGCGUAUCAUGGCUCAUCUUUUAAUGUGUUCUUCUGAGAUUGAAGCGUAGAGGUGUCUGUCAAGUGCCUGGUCCAGAGUGGGUGGCCGCUAAACUCUUCCCCCACCUCUCCCCUGCCCAGACUGGUAGAGAUGAGGGCAGGAGUGGCAGAGUGCCUAGUAGGUAAGGGUGCAACUCUGCAGUAUAGGGUGGCCUCGGCCUGCAUUCUGCCCCGCCUCUCCCUCGUUCUCUGCUCUUGGGCAAGGUGUUUGCUUCUGUUUUCUCAGCUGUGAAAGAGAUGAGUAGUAAAUAUGCAUAUAUAUAUAUAUAUAUAUAUAUAUAUAUAAUCUCGUAGUGUUGUUAUGAGGAUUAAAUGAGUUUAUCUCUAUAAAUCUUAGAAUGCUUCCUGGCAUUUACUAAGGGUGGGAAACUUGUUAUAACUAUUCAAAUUGGAGGGGCUGGAGCACAUGGCUACACCUUUAGAGGUAGGCUCAGACCCUACUGCCUCCCCUGACUUUAUAUUUGCCCCUUACUUUAUCCUGCAUAUUGGGAAAUUGUUGGGGAGUGGGGAGAAAGGCACGUCCACUGGGAAAACUGCGCAGGAUAGGGGCUGGGCUGACCCCCAACAGCCAGAUGAAUUGGGGGUAUCCUUGUGGGUUCUUUUCGGGUGGCCAUCGUUGGACAAGGGGCAGGCACAGGAGCCUCAGGAGCUGCUUCCAUUUCUGGGCUUCCAUACAAGGGACAGGGACUAGAGCCCUGGGGAGACACUGGGGCAAGGGUCACUGUGGCCCACCCCUAGGCUCUCAGCCUGCAGACUUCUGCACCUUGCUUUGGCUGCUACAGUCUGUGCUGCCCUAGGGGACUUCAGCAACCUCUACCUUUAAUGACCUGUACCUCUACCUCUGAACUUCUCUUCAACCCUCACUGCAAACCCAACAACCUGCACCCUGAAACCAGGAGUGGUCCUUACCUAAUUCCCUAUCACCCUUACUAUUAACCUGCCCUCUGUGCUUCCCCGUCCCUCCCAGAUACCCAGGUCAGUGAACAAUUCAUGCAUAGGUGCUAGCUUUAAUGUGUUUCCUUCCCAGGAUACCUUUGGAAAAAAGUAUCUCAAGAAAGCAAUGUGGGGCCGCCAAAUGGCUCAGUUGGUUAAAAGUGUGAGCUCUGAGCAAC